AUGUUAAUUCUAAUAAUAAUAUUAGUAAUUAGUAAAGUAAUUAUCGCAGAUAAUGUUAACUUGACUGACCCCAAAGCGGAAAAACCUGCACAGCCUCAACAGCCUGAGACUAAAAUUAUAAAAAUCGAGCUAAAUGAUAGUUCAAGCAAUGCAAAUACCAAUCCAAGUGAUGGUAAAGGGGUACAAUUGGAGGAAAUUCACGAUAAAACCCAGUCAAAUACUAAAGAUGCUACAGUUACUCCUCCCCCAAACAAAGAGACUAUAGCAACAAUCACACUAAACAUUUCCAACAAUGAACCGAAGACCAUUGAAAUAAAGAAUGUUGACGCUCAAAAUACUCAAACAAUACAGAACCAGCCAAAACAAUCUGUACCGUUACAACAGCAAACUGUACCACCAGAUCAAGAACAGCCACAAGUCGUCGAAACGUUAUUUACUAAGAUAGCAAAGUUCAUAACUACUGAUUUUAGAUUUUUGGUAAAGUUUGGUGCUGUAUUGUCUUCGGGUUUGACCCAGAUGAUACCACUCAACAUUAUUUUAACGAUUAGAAAGAAUAAUUCGACGAGGAAUUUAAAAUGCUUAAACUUUGUCACUUCCGCCGUUUCUUCUCUUUCCUGGUCACUUUACGGCAUUCUUUCCAAAAAUAUCAUUCUCAUUAUAAGUAAUUUUCCAGGUUCGUUUAGUUCAGACAAUUACUCAAACAAAUUACACAGUUAUAUAUAUUUGAUUUUAUUAGUAAUUUUAUCUAAUUAUAUUUAUUAUGGAAUAAAUGUAAAAUGUGUAGGUGCCAUAAUCAAUUUGGUUGGUAUUUGGGUCUUUGUGAAGUAUUGUUCUGACCAGAAUGAGAAGUUCAUUUUGAGUGUUUCGUCCAAGAUCAGCUUUGUUCUUUGUCUUAUUUUACUUGUUUUAUAUUUCAUUUUAACCUCAACUACGUUUCUCACUGUAGUUGGACUAAUCGGAGGUACUUAUUUAGUGCAGACUAUCUGCUACUACUUACUCAGUUCGCUGUUGGCGAUGUCAUAUUUAUCACCACUCUUCUCAUUUAAGGAGAUAUUGGAGUCGCGAAACACAUCAACAAUGCCAACUGAGAUCUCCCUGGGGAACUUCAUCAGCUCGUUUUUCAUGUUCUGCUACGGGUUCAUCAUAUGGGACAUGCUCGUCAUCGGGCCCAGCUUCCUAGGAGUCAUCAGCGGACUCAUACAACUCACGCUACUGUUUCUAUUCCCGCACUCAGACCGUAUCAUCAUCUCUGAGGUCGAAAUACUGGAACAACCAAAUAACUUCAGAUCGAUGCUGGCCAUGGAUCAAGAAGUUUAA